CUACAUAUUUCAGUUGGGUUAGUUAUUGAUUAUUUUUGUUUGAUGGUUAAUUUGUUAUAUUGUAACUGACUCACAGGAAGACUACACUGACAGUAUGUAAUGUACAAUAAAUGAUACGUCACAUUAAUGCGAACCUGAUGAAGGAUUUGAUUUGCAUCGCACUGUAUAAACUAUAUUUAUUCCGUCAGUGGAUAUGAUACACAGACUAGUUAAUUGCCGAUUAACAUCAUCCUAUAAAUAAAUGACGAAAUGAUGACACAACAUGUAAAAGUUGGACUAUAUACUCUGGCUAUCAGAGGAAAUCGCUACAAUCUCGACAUUACAACGAGUGGGAGGAAAUCUUAGUAAAACAGGACAUGUUGGAUUACCGUUCUAAGUAGUGUUUCGACUCUGGAUAUGGAUAAUUUACGAAUAUGGUUCCUUGUGUGGCUGUGUCUGUGUAGAUUUGUCACGGCGGUUGUGUAUGUACGAGGAAAAGGUGCUAGCUUUCCUCACGAAGUUUACAAAGAAUGGCGGUCCGCGUAUCGACUACACAGGAGCUCGCAUGUCGAAUUGGAUAUGCCCUAUGAAGCUGUAGGCAGUGGGAAUGGAAAGAAAGCCAUCAUGGAAAAUGUGGACAUUGAGUACGCGGGAUCAGACUCGGUAUUGUCAGAAUCCACUAUCGCCAGUCAUACCGACCUUGUGCUGUUCCCAAUCAUGGCAGGGGCAGUGAUGCUAGGCUACAAUAUUCCCGAACUCGGUGGGCGUCUCGUGCUCACGAGAUCGACGAUUGUUGGCAUAUUCAAUGGCACUUACACCUGGUGGAAUGACACAGUGUUCACCUCGAAUAACCCUUAUCUUAACAUGCCUAACAAAAGGAUCAUCGUUAUAGCAAGGGCAGACAAAUCUGGUACAACUUCCACAUUCACCGAAGCCCUAACUGCUUUCAGUCCAGAAUGGAAACAGCAAUAUGGAGUAUUUUCUAAAGGCUAUGAUUCAGCGAAUGGAGUUCCGUAUAGCUGGGGCUCAAAUGUCAUCACUUAUUACGGCCAACAGAAUCGGGGUGUGUCAGGAUUAAUUUUGUCCUUUCGAAACUCUAUCGGUUAUCUAUCUGUCGCUGAUGCGUAUGAGGCAAACAUUGAGUCGGCAGCGAUAAUAAACAAAGCGGGUCGAGCAAUCAACGCUAACGCUUCUACCGUACAGAGCGCCAUGGAUUACCUCUCGGAAAGAAAUACUGAACUAACGUUUAGUUUAGCAGAUGCUGGAUCUGAGAGUGCAUAUCCAAUAGCUGGAUUCACACACAUCAUCAUGUACAAGACACAAAUGGAAGACUGUGCAUCUUCUAAAGAGUUGAUACGAUAUAUAUUCUGGGCUAUGACCGAAGAGGAUCAGAGAGCAGCGUGUGAUAGUAAAGGAAUGGCGCCACUCAGCAAAGCCUUGGUUCAGCAAAUUCUAACCGUAGUUUUGAAAAAUGUUCUAUGCCACGGCGCAAACGUGUGGGAUAUGGUGCAGAGCGAUAUUGCAUCGGAAAAUAAAGUAGAACAACACUGGAUUAUCCCUGUGGCAAUUACUAUACCUAUAGUGGUGCUGUGUAUUUUUGUUCUCUCCUCUUAUAUUAUCAAACAGCGCAUGCGCAUCCAGAAAAUGAUUGAUAAUGACGAAUGGCUGAUUCCAUUAGAGGACAUCCUUUUCUACUUUGACGGAAGAGACAGAUCCUCGAUGGCUUCCCGUAUCGCUGACUUACCUUCUUUAAUCUCAAAUGCGUCAGUCAGAGAUAUCCAGGAUGAUGAUAUUCUGAUCAAACAAAUUAUACAGUGGCCAGGGAAGUACAAGGGAAGUAAAAUAGGCAUCCGUUUGAUUGAGGUUGAGGAGCUUAACCAGCUGACACGUCAGACCAAACAUCAACUGCUACUACUGAAAAACAAAAUCACACAUGGUAACGUCGUAAGGAUAUUUGGUUUGACGGAGGUUGACGAAAACAGAUAUGUUAUUGGAGACUACUGCGGCAAAGGUAGGAUGACAAACCUCCUUCGUGAUGACAAGUUUAACUUGUCCAUUGAUUUCAAAUGUACUCUGGCAGGUGACGUGGCAAAUGGUAUGCACUACCUUCACUCUAACGAUAUCAUACACGGUUUACUGCGAUCUGAUGUGUGUCUCAUUGACGAUCGAUGGCAGGUGAAAAUUUGUGACUGGGAGUAUGGGACGCUUCUCUCUUCUCAACAAGUAAAUACAUCGCCAAUACUAGCCAUUCGUAAAAAGUCAGAAAACGAUCUAACGACUAAUGAUAUCUCUUUCAAAAACUUUUGGGUCAGUCCUGAUAUAUUGCGUUCAGAUUUUAAACUCUUUCCAACGAAGGACUCCGAUAUAUACAGCUUUGCUAUAAUUUUACAAGAAAUAUUCACAAGAGAAGAUCCAUAUGCUGAACAUGCAGGCAUCUUGACACCGACGGAGGUCAUACAUGCAGUGACUCUAAACAAUCUUCGACCAGAACAUCAUGAGGACACACCUGUUCACAUUAGACAGCUGAUGGAGAUAUGUUGGAACGACAACGCUAUUUCACGCCCUUCCUUCGAACAGGUCCUUAAAUUGCUCAAACGUGCUAAUCCUCUUAAAAAGACAGUUGUAGACAGCAUGAUAUCUUCAAUGGAGGAAUACAUUGCUCAUUUGGAAGAGAGGGUAGAAGAGAAAAAUGCCGAGUUGAAAAUAUCAAAUAACAAAUUAGAAACGACACUCUCUAGUUUGAUGCCUGUCUGUAUUGCGAAAACAAUAUCGAAAGGAAAAUCUGUUAAACCAAUGUUCUUCCCAGCCAUUGCUGUGGCUGUCCUGGAUAUUUCUCAUUCUGUAAACAUUGUUACCGUAAACCCUCACGAUUUGAUCGCCUUCAUUAACGACCUUUGUUUUGAAAUUGACAUGAUUGCUCGAAAAUAUUCCGCCUAUACGGCUCCAUUGAGUGGAUGUUCACUCGCUCUUGUAGACGGUCUGGAGUCAUCCUGUACACAAAUGGAAGAAAUGUGCCUUUCGAUGGUAAAUCUUUGCGCUGACAUCCUCGUACAUGAAGAAAUUGACAAAUUAACAGAAUCAACAGAACAUCAGUUCGAUUUGCGCCUUGGUAUCCACGUGGGACCUGCCAUCACUGGUCUUUCGGGCAUAACUUCACCAACUUUCGUGGUGUUUGGAGAUUGCACUGAUGUGGCACAAGCUUUAGCACGAACAGCGCCCAUUAGAUCUUUGCACGUCUCCGAAAACAUGUGGCGAGCUGUCAAGCGAAGUAAGCAAUUGGAGACCAGCACUGCAGGGGAACUUAACGUUAAGGGGAAGACAUUUGUUACCUAUACAGUUAAACGUCUUCAGGAAAAAGUGAAAUAUGCUACUUCUGAGGAUUCUGGCGUCGGAGGGGAGCAGCAAGGCCAGACAGAUUGCUCUGAUCUACGUAAGCCAAACAAUACAAACGAGCAUAUGUAUAAGACGAGCGGCAUGUCGGUUCCGGUGAUGAACGAGGAAACAAGAUCAAACAUGGUUGUACAGAAUCCAGUAUCAAACAAAACGAACCACAAACACGAAGAUGGUGAUAAUCAACAUAAUGAUGACACAGUUUUCAGCCAUAUCACUGCUAGCUCAAACCAUCCGGACGUGUUUAAUGAUAAAUUACGGACACGAGCAAACUACCACCACCACAAAAGACAUUCAAGUUUCAGGAAACAUCGGUCACGUCAGUUCAGCAAUGGCUCGGAUACACAAGACAGUAUAGCUCCCCUUCCAUCGGAUGUUAUCUCCGUGAACACGACGUACGUGGGUUUACCGGUGUCUAAAGAAUACGUCCCUGUUAAAAGUAAAUGGAAACGCAUAUUCACCUUAAACAAUAUUUACCCUGAGAAUUCCUAACUCCAAAACACUUUUGUAACAAGAAAGACCCUUCAAGUGUUUUGCGUAUGUAAACAUUAAAUACUAAUUGGAUACGCAGAAUGGCGCAUCGGUUAAACUCUCGCCUUAUGCCUAAGAUACCUGUACACGAUUCCUCAUUUGGACGGUUUUUUUUUGUUGUUGUCUUUUUUGUUUUUGUUUUUGUUUUUUAUUUAUUAUCGGGUGGUAUAGAUUCAUUCUACAUAAGAACCCCCGCGCGCUUCCACCCGGGCCAACAACAGUGACCAGUAUGAGUCUACAGAUAUCGUACAACGCUUUAAGUUUUUAUUUUAAGGGUUAUAUAUUGAAUAGGUACUAUUAUCACGGUACUAGGUACAAUAGCACAGUACAAGUACCUGGACGAGAUACUGUUUAUCUUAUCACAACGUAACAUCCCCAUUUAAACAUCUCCAGUUUACAAAACUCGUGUAUACUAAUUUAGUCUCACCUCCUAAAGAAUUCUGAAAAUCUCAUUCAGUCUUCCUCUUCUUCCCUCCUUCCUAGCUUUCACAUGUUGUCGGUUAUAGAUUUAGUAUGUAUAGUUAUAACAUUCCAUCUCUCUGACUCCAUCUUUCUUCUCUCCCCUCCCUAAUUUUCACAUGAUAUUUGUCACUUAUUUGUUAUACCUAGUUUAUAAUAUGUUCUUAAGUGUUUGUCACCAGCCUGUCUGUAUUAUGAAGACAGAUUUAUCUAAGUAUUCUAAUACAUUUUUGAUAUGUUGAAAUGUAUGACUUUGAAUUUGAAAUAAAAUAUUGUUUCAACUUAUAUCACAGAAGUAGGUACAUAUGUACUAUAUCAUGGUACUAUUAUCACGGUAUUCGGUACUAUAUCACGGUACUUGGUACUAUAUCACGGAACUAGGUACUAUAUCACGGAACUAGGUACUAUAUCACGGAACUAGGUACUAUACCACGGUACUAGGUACUAUAUCACGGAACUAAGUACUAUAUCACGGAACUAGGUACUAUAUCACGGAACUAGGUACUAUAUCACGGUACUAGGUACUAUAUCCCGGUACUAGGUACUAUAUCACGGUACUAGGUACUAUAUCACGGAACUAGGUACUAUAUCACGGAACUAGGUACUAUACCACGGUACUAGGUACUAUAUCACGGAACUAGGUACUAUAUCACGGAACUAGGUACUAUAUCACGGAACUAGGUACUAUACCACGGUACUAGGUACUAUAUCACGGAACUAGGUACUAUAUCACGGAACUAGGUACUAUAUCACGGAACUAGGUACUAUACCACGGUACUAGGUACUAUAUCACGGAACUAGGUACUAUAUCACGGAACUAGGUACUAUAUCACGGUACUCGGUACUAUAUCACGGAACUAGGUACUAUAUCACGGUACUAGGUACUAUAUCACGGCACUAGGUACUAUAUCACGGAACUAGGUACUAUAUCACGGAACUAGGUACUAUAUCCCGGUACUAGGUACUAUAUCACGGUACUAGGUACUAUAUCACGGAACUAGGUACUAUAUCACGGAACUAGGUACUAUACCACGGUACUAGGUACUAUAUCACGGAACUAGGUACUAUAUCACGGAACUAGGUACUAUAUCACGGAACUAGGUACUAUACCACGGUACUAGGUACUAUAUCACGGAACUAGGUACUAUAUCACGGAACUAGGUACUAUAUCACGGAACUAGGUACUAUACCACGGUACUAGGUACUAUAUCACGGAACUAGGUACUAUAUCACGGAACUAGGUACUAUAUCACGGUACUCGGUACUAUAUCACGGAACUAGGUACUAUAUCACGGUACUAGGUACUAUAUCACGGCACUAGGUACUAUAUCACGGUACUAGGUACUAUAUCACGGUACUAGGUACCAUAUCACGGUACUAGGUACUAUAUCACGGCACUAGGUACUAUAUCACGGAACUAGGUACUAUAUCACGGAACUAGGUACUAUAUCACGGAACUAGGUACUAUAUCACGGUACUAGGUACUAUAUCACGGUACUUGGUACUAUAUCACGGUACUUGGUACUAUAUCACGGAACUAGGUACUAUAUCACGGUACUAGGUAAUUUAUCACGGUACUAGGUACUAUAUCACGGAACUAUAGGUACUAUAUCACGGUACUAGGUACUAUAUCACGGUACUAGAUACUAUAUCACGGAACUAGGUACUAAAUCAUGGAACUAGGUACUAUAUCACGGUACUAGGUACUAUAUCACGGUACUAGGUACUAUAUCACGGAACUAGGUACUAUAUCACGGAACUAGGUACUAUAUCACGGUACUAGGUACUAUAUCACGGUACUAGGUACUAUAUCACGGUACUUGGUACUAUAUCACGGUACAUGCUACUAUAUCACGGAACUAGGUACUAUAUCACGGAACUAGGUACUAUAUCACGGUACUAGGUAAUUUAUCACGGUACUAGGUACUAUAUCACGGUACUAGGUACUAUAUCACGAAACUAGGUAUUAUAUCACGGAACUAGGUACUAUAUCACGGAACUAGGUACUAUAUUACGGUACUAGGUACUAUAUCACGGCACUAGGUACUAUAUCACGGUACUAGGUACUAUAUCACGGUACUAGGUACCAUAUCACGGUACUAGGUACUAUAUCACGGCACUAGGUACUAUAUCACGGUACCAGGUACUAUAUCACGGUACUAGGUACUAUAUCACGGUACUAGGUACUGACCUUUGUAUAGAUGGCGUUUUGUGCAUGACCUCGGAGAGGCCACAUAAGGGUCUCGUUAUUUUGAUCUCGACUUAUUUUUACGUAGGCAUUUGAAGUAUUUAGCUAGCAACAUAUCUGUUUGAGAAAAUUAUCUUUGAAUUUCUGUAGUAAGUUUCAUAAACUUUACAAUUAUUUGAACAUUUCGUAGUUUUAAAUCCACGGCCUAAAGUUAUUGUGUUUGUAUUACUAUCAUUAUUUAGGUGUCCAUCGGGAACAUCUCUUGCAUGGCUAAUAUCACGGACAUACACUUACAUGUAUAUUACCGGUAGAUAUCGAAAUCAGUGUUAAUAGUUUCCCAACUAUAGUAGCUAAUCAUUUAAUUACUUUAUUAUCAGAAAAAAA